GCAGAAGUUCAUCAAUCGACUGCAAACGUCUCGAGAGCACGAGCUUGGAGGGAAGAAACUGACAGAGACCAUAUGACUGAGAGCUCACACGGCCAAAUAACAUGAUCUGCCCGCUGACUUCAACUGUGACCACGACAAUGAACGAUAAAUAAAGCAUCAGUACAAACUGCAUCCUGAUGCCAGUUCACCACCUGGAAAGGAAAGAUGUCACCUAAAGAUCUCAAGAACUAGCUGGGAACUUUUUGGAUUUUCCUGAAACUCUUGUAAUUAACUGUGAAACUGCUUUAGACAGUCCUUUUGGUAACAUCCCAUAUAUUUAAAAAAACAAUGGCGUCCUACAGCCCUGCGCCUGCAGAAGAGGCAUCCCCUGAGGUGUCGAACGGAAACCUGAAGGCAAGCAGCUCCCAGGAGUCCAUGAAACUGAAAAAAGAAAUAUCAUUGCUCAAUGGCGUGUGUCUGAUUGUGGGAAACAUGAUCGGCUCUGGGAUUUUCGUCUCACCCAAGGGCGUGCUGAUGUAUAGCGGCUCCUAUGGGUUAUCGCUGGUAGUGUGGACAAUUGGUGGGAUCUUCUCUGUGUUUGGGGCUCUCUGUUAUGCUGAGCUCGGGACCACCAUCACCAAGUCUGGCGCCAGCUACGCCUACAUCCUGGAGGCCUUUGGAGGCUUUUUGGCGUUCAUCCGUCUAUGGACUUCUCUGCUGAUCAUCGAGCCCACCAGCCAGGCUGUGAUAGCCAUCACUUUCUCCAACUACAUGGUUCAGCCCAUCUUCCCCACCUGUAUAGCACCCUACGUGGCCAAUCGUCUGCUGGCCGCUGCCUGCAUCUGUUUGCUGACCUUUGUGAACUGUGCCUAUGUGAAGUAUGGGACGCGCGUUCAGGACUUCUUCACCUACGUAAAGGUCGUCGCCCUCAUCGCUGUCAUCAUCACGGGCCUGGUCAAGAUAUUCCAGGGUUACACACAGAAUUUUGAGGGCUUGUUCUCAGAUUCUUCUCACGAUCCUGGUGAUGUUGCUCUGGCUCUAUAUUCUGCUCUUUUCUCCUACUCUGGAUGGGACACACUCAACUUCGUCACUGAGGAGAUCAAAAACCCAGAGAGAAAUCUCCCUCUGGCCAUUGCUAUCUCUAUGCCCAUUGUCACAGUGAUCUACAUUCUUACCAAUCUGGCAUACUAUACAAUCCUGCCCAUCCCUGCCAUUCUGGACAGUGACGCUGUGGCUGUGACAUUUGCAGACCAGGUAUUUGGGUAUUUGAACUGGACAAUACCUGUCGCUGUGGCUUUCUCCUGUUUUGGAGGAUUAAACGCAUCAAUAGUGGCUGCUUCAAGGCUGUUCUUCGUGGGCUCCAGAGAGGGGCAUCUGCCAGACUACCUGUGCAUGAUCCACAUCACCCGCUUCACCCCCAUCCCUGCCCUGCUCUUCAAUGGGGCCAUGGCUCUGGUGUAUCUGUGUGUGGAGGACGUCUUUAAACUCAUCAACUACUACAGCUUCAGCUACUGGUUCUUUGUGGGCCUGUCUAUCCUGGGACAGCUGUACCUGCGCUGGAAACAACCUGACAGACCACGACCACUAAAGCUCAGCCUCUUCUUUCCGAUUAUAUUCUGCCUGUGCACAGUAUUUCUAGUGGUGGUACCUUUAUACAGCGACACCAUCAACUCAUUAAUCGGCAUUGGCAUUGCUUUAUCCGGAGUGCCCGUCUACUUCCUGUGCUGCCAUCUACCUGCCACAAAAAGGCCGAUGUGGCUCCGCAAGUUCAUUGCAUCCUCAGGCGUACUCAUUCAGAAAGUGUGCUACUGUGUUCUUACUGAGAUGGACAAGGAGGAUGAAAAAACAGAGUAGAUGACGGUGAAUACAACGUGUGUUUUCUGGAGGACUCGAAUUGAUAUGCAAAACAGAAGCUGCUGAUGGGAUUAACAUUGGUUUUUACACUGGAUUAGUGCCAAAACAAGUCCUUCAUAUUUAUGAUAUUUAUAUUAAAGAAAGGCUGCAUUUUGAUCAGUUUCAUACUGAUUUGAUGGUUAACAUUAAAGCAGCUCUUUAUAUACAAAAAACUACCUUUGGGUUUUUGUAGAGAUUGGGAAGAUGUGGUAUGAUAGCACUAAUAACACAGGGAUAGUAAUAAACUUUAAUAUUGCACAUUAACUGAGCGUGAAUUUAGAUGAUUGUACACUGAAAGUCUAAUAUAACACCUUGUUGUGUUUUUGUGAGGACAGUAACUGCCGCUACAGUAUGUUGUACUAUUUCAGGUUUAUACCUGAAUAUCUAAAGCAGUAUUUUCCAUGUUUCUAAAGACUGAAAUGACAAAGGCAGUGUUACUGUGGAUUUGUGAUAAAUAUGUUGAAUAAGACCAAAAAAUAAAGGACAAACUAUGCAAA